AUGAUGAAGCGCGAUUCCCGUGACAUGAGAGGUGAUGGCCCUCCUUCAAAAAUGCAGAAAGGUGAUCUCUCGAAUAUCCAGUUGCGAUUUCUUAUCCCUGGCCGUGCUGCCGGAAUAAUAAUCGGUAAAGGAGGUGAAAACAUAAAGCACAUUCGCUCCCAGGCAAUCGUCUUCAUUGUGUCCUUUUAUUUUAGGAUAUUUACCCUGGAGGGGGACCUCAAUUCCUGUGGUGAAAUCGUACGCGAAUUGCUGGAUAUCAUGAAUGCAAAACUAUCUGAUCCUAAAAGGAUUAUGGGAAAUCAGCCCUCGAGGCGUCGUGGCAGGAAGGAUGAAGACGAUGAUAGGCUUGAUGAGGAGGAGGAUAACCUUGUUGACCUAAGACUUCUUGUUCAUCAAAGCCAAGCAGGGUCGGUAAUCGGUCGUGGAGGUGAGCGCAUCAAGGAGCUGCGCGAGAUGUUCGCGCCCAUGUCGACCGAUCGCGUUGUUCAGAUGGUUGCAGAGGCCGACAAUGUUGUCAGCUGUCUCAAGGCUGUAGUCGAGGCUGUCGAG